AUGAUGGAGAUAGGAGCACAAGUUAGAGAACUUGGAACUGGCGCACUUGGUGUUGUGGAGAAGGGCAACAAUGUCGGUGGAUGGUACGUCAACUUUGGUGCGAGACGUAAUUGGAAGAAGGCCACUGAGUUGGAAAUAGUUGGCAAAGCUGGUGAACAACAGUUCUCUUCACCGUCAGUAACAUCAGAGGAACCAAUAUCUAUGUUAUCGAUUAACAACAGACCUGCAAAGGCUAGAGGCGCCAUUAACCUUGGUAAAUACUCGACUUUGCCUUCGAAGGCCUACUUUGAGGCUGUCAAUGCUGCUGCCCCACAGUCAGCUUUCAAACCAGCGCCAGUCAUUGCACCAGUUCAACCACAGCAACAGGUGGCACCCAAGCUGGCACCUGUUCCUGCGCCAGCCAUCACCCCACCACCCGCUGCCCCAAAGCCUGUUGUCCAACCAAUCCCAGCCUUCAACAACAACGUCAAUCGCUCACCCAUUCAAUCACAACAAGUACAACCACAGCCACAGCAACAGAUACAACAUGUUCAGCAACAACAGAUGCCAGUCUUGGCACAUGUCGCCCCUGUCACACCACCCACUCCAUCAACACCAUCACAUCACGUCCAGAAGGACAUGUGGCACAUUGAGUUCAAGGAGUUGGCCUUGGAGGACGUGAUUGGCACGGGCAAGUAUGGUGAGGUGUCACUCGGCACCUACCUGGGCACACCAUGCGCGAUCAAGAGAAUCCUCGAGUGUUCGGAGGACACCAAGAUCAUGAUUGAGCCCCAAGCCUGUACCUACCUCCAGGCACGUGGUAUCCUGCAUCGUGACCUCAAGAGUCAAAACAUCUUGUUGACAGAGAACUACCGAGCCAAGCUCUGCGACCUGGGUCUGGCCCGUGUCUUUGAGGAUACCGUCAACAAGAGAUUGACCUUUGUUGGUAGUGAUCGAUGGAUGGCCCCUGAGAUAUUCAUGGGCCAGGACUAUGAUUACAAGGUGGAUGUAUUCUCUUAUGGCAUUGUGUUGGUGGAGUUGAUCACUAAUGCUGUGCCAGAUGAGAGGAAGCCUCAAAAGAUGUUUGCCUUUGAGUCGCAGCUGUUCUUGAACAAGGUGCCGCCCGACUGUCCAUCGGCAUUCGCCAAGCUCACGGUGGCCUGUUGCUCGACAGACCCCAAGAGCAGACCAUCGUUCAACAAGAUCCUCGAGAUCGUCAGGGCCAUAUAUAACUCUAUCCCUGAUGAUGAAGAGGAAGGUUAUUAA